AUGAUACCAGAAAAACCCCUGCCAUUCAAUGGCAACUUCUCAUCGCCUGAGGAAUAUAUCGAUGAGCUUCUGAAGUUUGUGCGAACAUCCGAGACUUUUCAGAUUCUCUGCGGCGGGGUCCACAUCCUCGACUUUUUUACUAUCGAGCCUGGUCUCUUUCAUUAUGCCAUUCCCAAAGAGUGGCACGCAUUCAUUCUUUCAAGGAGUCUGAUGGAGUUUCUCGACCUUCUCAUGCGGGAUGAAUUAGACAAUAUAAAGCUGGAAGGAGAGCAGCCACCAGCGGCCCUUAUAGAUUACAUUCGAACAGUCCGUAAUCUUUCCCUCGGCCGAUCAUUUACGCCCCCUUCAGGGAAAUUGCCGGUUCUGCCACGGUCGGUGGCCGUGGGCAUGAACGUCAAAAAGACUCACGAAGUCACCAACUUCGCGGACUACUUGGCCCGACUAUCAGAAGACAUCAGUUCGCAGUGCGACUAUGAUAUAUCCCACUACGUGGACUUCGGUAGCGGCCAAAACUAUCUGGGCCGGGCCAUGGCAAGUGAGCCUUAUAAUAGGCAUGUUGUAGCUGUCGAGGGACGAGAGAACAACGUUACGGCAGCGAGAGGACUAGAUGUGACUUCUGGAUUAGCAGUUAAGCCAAAGGUCAUGAGGAACAAGAAGCUAUGGACGAAGAUUUUAGAAGCGCGGGGGCCUGAUGGUCAAGAGGACCCAGAGGCCUUGGCCAAGGCUAUUCAGGAGAUUGCAGGAGGUGAAGCUUUUGAGUUUAGACCCGUCAAAGAACUCGAAGCUGAAUAUACUGUGGAAAAAGGAAAGGGGUCUGUUCAGUACAUAUCAGGUCGACUAGAAACUGGCGACCUGGCCGACGUUAUCGCCCAAAUCAACCCUGGGAGUCAAACCGAAGACGAGAAGAAGGACCUAAGUCUGAUGGCUAUGUCAAUCCAUUCUUGCGGAAAUCUGUCACACUUUGGAAUCAGGUCUCUGGUUCUCAACCCGGACAUUCGAGCCGUGGCCAUCGUUGGGUGUUGUUACAACCUGAUGACCGAGAAACUCGGCCCUCCAACAUACAAGCACGCUUUCUUGAGGCCAACUCUCCAAGCUGUCAAUGGUCGGCUCGUUCGGGAAUCAGAAAAGCAUGACCCUCAGGGAUUCCCGAUGAGCCAGAAGUUUUCUGCAUAUCAAGGAGAUGGGGUGCGCUUGAACAUCACAGCCCGCAUGAUGGCUUGCCAAGCACCACAAAACUGGACCGAGAAGGAGAGUGCUGGAUUCUUCUCUCGACAUUUCUACCGAGCAGUCUUGCAAAAGAUGUUCCUUGAUCGGGGCGUGGUGAAGAAAGUGCGGCAUACAGGUAGCCAAGAAGAACCACAGGCGGAUGUUGCAGCCUCAGCCCAGGAUGAUAGUGAGAGCCCCUUCGACAUCAGCACCAAUCCAGUCAUCAUUGGGUCACUUAGGAAAAGUUGCUAUGGGUCGUUCAAGUCCUAUGUCCGCGGCGCGAUGGAGAAACUCACGACAAACAACGAGUACAAACAGUAUGCAGACGUGAUGCAGGAGAAAAUGGGCGACAUCUCAGACGAGGAGAUCGAGAGAUACGAGGCAUUGUAUCUGCCUCGGAAAAAGGAGCUAUGUGCUGUCUGGAGCCUCAUGGCAUUUAGUGCGAUGGCAGUUGAAUCCCUUAUUGUAUCAGACCGGUGGACAUUUCUGAAAGAACACGACGAUCUCGUCCGUCACGCGUGGGUCGAGACGGUGUUCGACUAUGAACAAAGCCCAAGAAACCUGGUAGUCGUUGGAGUUAAGCGAUGA